AACAAACCAAACCAAGGAAGAUGAAAAUGAAAAUAUAAAGAUUAUUAGAUUUCAUCUCCUGUUUCUUUUGUCCAAGUUUUAGAAAAGACACCCAUUUCUCGUUUCUCUCUUAUUCACAUUUAUUGCUGUUUCAGUCGCUCCUUGCUGUUUUCUGUCUCGUGUCCAUCGCCAUUUUUAAUUGACAUCCAAAUCAAACAAAUGUCACGAAAUAAAAACUAACCCUUUCUUUCUCUCUCUCUCCAGCUUUGAUUUGGCAAUGCCAAUGUCCAAUCCUACGAACUAAAAGACAAUUACAAUUACCAUUAAAACAAUUAUUCAUGGCAACAACUACUACUACAACCACCAAAGCUCAUCUUAAAGUCCAAACUCAGCCCACUAAGCCCAAGCGCCGUAAGUGCCGUGAAACCACCAUUUCUGCCACCGCCACCACCACCGUUAAUAAUAAUACUGAUAAUAAUAGUUGUAGUAAUAACUCUGAAUCUGCUUCUUCUACUUCUGCUACUGCUACCGGAUACUUUACCCAUAGUCAAAGUCGGAAACUUGACAAACCCACAAUUGUUUCGCCUGAUAAGUCUUGGUGUUGCCCUGCUUCUAAUUCUAAACCUAUCCCUGCUCCACCUUCGCCGCCGUCUCCUCCUCCGCAACCUCGUCAUUUAACUAUAAAGGAGUCUCACACAGUUCUCGAUUCACCAUCAACUUUCAAGAUCCGGUUCUCUCCGGGGAGUCUGUCGCCAGUCAUGGAUUUUACACAUACUUCUGCUUCCACUGUAACUGCUAACGGUCACCACUCUCCUCAUGACCCUUCUUCUUUCCCUUCGAGUUUUACCAAAUUUAACUCUGCACUCACUGCGGGUCUGUUAAACCCGAUGUCGCCUCCGCCGGAUAAACCCCGAUCCAGCCCGACCCUUUUUGAGAUGAUGGCGAGCGAACCCGAAAUGCAACCCAGAAACCAGAUCCCAAUUAACAAUGGAAAUGUUCCUGUUCGAAGCUCGCAGAAUGCUCAAAUGUCUGUUCAAGAUAAACAGACUCUAAUAAUGCAUCGAAUAGCUGAUAUUUUGAGUAACAGGAGUCCUGGCAAUCAGUUCAAUGAUUCAUCGACCAGUGAUGUGAAACUGACAUUGAGUUCUAAGGACGGAAUUAGUGUGUCAAUGAAUGUGCACAGGCAGAUCCUAGUGGCUCAUAGCAGAUUUUUUGCGGUGAAAUUGUCGGAUCGGUGGGCUAAAAAUCAGCGGACGUCUUCGCCGUAUGUUGUGGAGAUUGCCGAUUGUGAUGACGUUGAGGUUUAUAUUGAGACUUUAAGGUUAAUGUAUUGCAAGGAUCUGAGGAGAAAGCUCAUGAAAGACGAUGUAGGCAAAGUUCUUGGUAUUUUGAAGGUUUCUGCUGCAAUUGGGUUUGAUGCUGGCGUUUUAUCUUGUUUGGAGUACUUAGAAGCUGCUCCAUGGGCUGAGGAUGAAGAAGAGAAGGUGGCCUCUCUGUUGUCUGAGCUGCGACUUGAAGGAGUUGGAGCAGGAGACGUACUUAAAAGGGUUUCAAUUGAAGUUACUAAUGGAGCAGAAGAGAGUAGCAACAAUGAUGAAGUGCUUCUUAAGCUUUUGCAUGUAGUUCUUGAAGGGAAAGAUGAGAAGGCUAGGCGUGAGAUGAAAGGGUUGGUGUCAAAGAUGCUUCGUGAGAAUUCUUCUCAGAAUGAUCUCCGAAAAGAGUCAUUAUACUCUGCUUGUGAUGGUUGCUUGCAGUUGCUUCGUAACCAUUUUUUUCGGGCAGCAACAGGCAAUAUGGAGGAUAUUGGACAGAUUGCAAGGCAAGCAGACAAUCUGCAUUGGAUUUUGGAUAUUUUGAUUGAUAGACAAAUUGCUGAAGAUUUUCUGAAAACAUGGGCAUCUCAGACUGAAUUAUCUGAUGCGCAUUCUAAAAUUCCCGCUGUUCAUAGGUAUGAGGUUAGCAGAGUCACAGCGAGGCUGUUUGUUGGGAUUGGAAAGGGGCAGCUAUUGGCUUCAAAGGAAGUGAGAUGCUUGCUUUUACAGACAUGGUUGGUGCCAUUUUAUGAUGAUUUUGGGUGGAUGAGGAGAGCAUCAAAAGGCCUCGAUCGACAUUUGAUUGAGGAUGGUCUUAGUAACACAAUUUUAACUCUACCUCUAGCUUGGCAGCAAGAGAUUUUACUGGCUUGGUUUAAUCGGUUCCUGAAUUCUGGCGAAGACUGUCCAAAUAUUCAAAGAGGGUUUGAAGUUUGGUGGAGAAGGGCAUUUUGGAGACGCAAUGGUGAGCAAGAAAGGUCAAAGCCCUUGAGAAUCACAACAGCAACCAUUGAGAACUCAUGAAAAGUUAUAAAUUCCAUAAUGCACGACAUGGUUCUCUGAUGGGGCUGACAAUUCAUGGCAGAAGAUUAAAAUUGCACAGAGAUGGAUGAUGUUUUUGUUAUACUGGAAAUAGACAGGUUUAGUCUGGAAGAAGAGGAAGAAUAUCGGGUGCAACUUGAAUAUUUUGUUGGGAAUAACCUUAUAAUAGAGAUUGCUUAUUUUUGUUUCAAUUUGGAUGCUACUUCCAUUUUUUCUUUCUUUCUUUCUUUCUUUCUUACUAUUUCAUUGGAUUUGCUUAGAUAGGAAUACUGUGAUCAUCUUGUAUGUAAUUGUCUUUUAAAUUAUGAUCUUCAUGAGGAUUGUUGCACUUAAAGAAAAGGAUAAUCCAAAUCUGUAAAUCAAGAUUAUUGUUUACUUGAUGACAGA